GCUUUCUUGCACAUUAAGUGGAGAGAACGAGGAAGUAGCGAGAAAAUCUCUAGAAAAGUGGGUUGGUGUGCGACUGCAAGUGUCACUUUACAAAAGGGAUAAUUCGCCUACCCACCACUAUGGCUGAAGCAGAUAUCGCAUUGAUUGGUUUGGCUGUCAUGGGCCAGAACAUCAUCCUGAACAUGAAUGACCAUGGUUUUGUGGUGUGUGCUUUCAACCGGACCGUGUCCAAGGUGCACGACUUCCUGCAGAAUGAGGCCAAAGGGACCAAGGUGAUUGGGGCCGAGUCUCUGCAGGACAUGGUGUCCAAGCUGAAGAAGCCCAGGAGGAUUGUCUUGCUUGUGAAAGCCGGUCAAGCUGUGGAUGACUUCAUCGACAAGCUGGUUCCUCUUCUUGAGGCAGGCGAUAUCAUCAUCGAUGGUGGCAACUCUGAAUACAGAGACUCAACACGGCGGUGUAAGAGCCUGAAAGAGAAAAACCUCCUUUUUGUGGGCAGUGGGGUCAGUGGUGGAGAGGAGGGAGCCCGCUAUGGGCCCUCACUGAUGCCAGGGGGGCAUAAAGAAGCCUGGCCAUACAUCAAAGAUAUCUUCCAGAGUAUUGCUGCCAAGGUCGGAACAGGAGAACCAUGUUGUGACUGGGUGGGAGAUGAGGGUGCGGGUCACUUUGUGAAGAUGGUCCACAAUGGCAUUGAGUAUGGGGACAUGCAGCUGAUUUGUGAAGCCUACCACUUGAUGAAGGAUGUCUUGGGUAUGGAUCAUGACGAGAUGGCACAGGCUUUCAACAGCUGGAACAAAACAGAGUUGGAUUCCUUCCUUAUCGAGAUCACAGCCAACAUCCUCAACUACAGGGACUCCGAUGGCACACAUCUGCUGCCCAAGAUCCGUGACAGUGCCGGCCAAAAGGGCACAGGGAAGUGGACUGCCAUCUCAGCCCUGGAGUACGGCACACCUGUCACCUUAAUCGGGGAGGCUGUCUUUGCCAGAUGCCUGUCCUCUCUGAAGGAUGAGCGAGUGGAGGCCAGCCGAAGCCUUUCAGGGCCCCCGGGGGUCAAGUUCAGCGGUAACAAGGCCUCCUUCCUAGAGGACAUUCGAAAGGCCCUCUAUGCCUCUAAGAUCAUCUCCUAUGCCCAAGGCUUCAUGCUUCUCAGACAGGCAGCCAAGGAGUUUGGCUGGUCCCUCAACUAUGGUGCCAUUGCCCUGAUGUGGAGAGGAGGCUGCAUUAUCCGAAGCGUCUUUCUGGGGAAGAUCAAGGAGGCGUUCGAAAGGGACUCUGAACUGCAGAGCUUGCUGCUGGACUCCUUCUUCAGUAACGCUGUACAGGACAGCCAGGAGUCAUGGCGCAGGACAGUCAGCACAGGGGUCCAGCAUGGAAUCCCCAUGCCCUGCUUCACCACAGCACUGUCCUUCUAUGACGGCUACAGACAUAAAAUGCUGCCAGCUAACCUCCUCCAGGCUCAGAGAGACUACUUUGGAGCCCACACGUAUGAGCUGUUGUCUAACCCUGGUCAUUAUGUCCACACCAACUGGACCGGUCACGGCGGAAAUGUGUCCUCCUCCUCCUACAAUGCCUAAGGGGGGCAUCUUCACAUCAUGACAACAUGUAUAAAGAAAAAGAGACAAAAGUCAGGGACGAGGGGCAGAAAGAGGAUUUGCGUUACACAUUCCUUCUCCACCACCAAGCCCUAAUAUUUAAGACAACCCACCCGCGUGAUCUUCCUCGACCAAACUGUUACUAAUUCAAAGAGUAUCAAAGGUUUAUUUAUGAUAAAGUCAAAUCUCGGUAUACAUGUGUUGUGAACUUUUAACCCCCCCCCCUUUUUUUUUAAAGAUUUUGGAGUAUGAUGUUUGGUGUCGCGCUUUUUGCCACAUUCGCAGCUAAAAGGGGGGGGGGCAAGUAAUUACAACAAACGGGAUCUCAAACUGGCUGUCGGCCGAGUGUUCCCCAAUCAUGUCAGCCUGUCGGGUUCACAGCUUUAACACUGGAUUAAGGUGAACCAUUGCACUGUACUGUAUAAGGCUAAAUAAAGAUUUCAAUCCCUUUAUAAUAAGCUUGAAUGGUCCUUACUCUCUCACUAGACACUGUAAACAGGAUUUUAGUGUGUGUUUGUAUGUGUGUCUACUCUUAAUAUAGCCUGGAGGGGUUGCAUUGGGUAUCAACAGAGUUAAGUUAUUGAAUAUAUGAAUGGCCUCGUCUGUUUAACACUAAGCAGUCCGCUCCAUUAUUUGCCUGGCAAUUUUUACUAUAUGUGAAAC